CCCUCCACCUUUGUCCUCAGCUCUACUCCAAGAGCAUCAACCUAAAACCCACGCGAUCCAACACCCCCUAGAGAAAAACAAAAACAAAAAGAUUAUAGUUUCUGGUUUGAGUAUCAAUCGAUGGUGGGCUUCGCUAAGAUCGCCAUGGAGUGGAUCCAAGAUCCACUGAGCUGGCUGUUCAUCGCCUCCGUGGUUUUCGUGGUUCUGCAGCGGCGGCGGCGGGGCAACGUGGCGCCGUUUCCCCCGGGCCCGAAACCGCUGCCGAUCGUCGGCAACAUGUCGAUGAUGGACCAGCUCACCCACCGUGGCCUGGCGGCGCUAGCGAAGGAGUACGGCGGCCUUCUCCACAUCCGGCUCGGUAAGCUCCACACCUUUGCCGUGUCGACGCCAGAGUAUGCCCGGGAGGUGCUGCAGGUGCAGGACGGUGCCUUCUCGAACCGUCCCGCGACCAUCGCCAUCGCGUACCUCACCUACGACCGAGCCGACAUGGCGUUCGCGCACUACGGGCCCUUCUGGCGCCAGAUGCGCAAGCUGUGCGUGAUGAAGCUCUUCAGCCGGCGCCGCCCGGAGACGUGGCUCGCCGUGCGCGACGAGUCCGCGGCUCUCGUCCGCGCCGUGGCCAGGCGGACCGGCGAGUCCGUGGACCUCGGCGAGCUCAUUUUUAAACUCACCAAGAAUGUCAUCUUCCGCGCCGCGUUCGGCGCUGGUGCGGUCGCCGCCGACGCCGAGGAGGGCGACGGAGCAGGGAAGCAGGACGAGUUCAUCGCCAUCCUCCAGGAGUUCUCCAAGCUCUUCGGCGCCUUCAACAUCGGAGACUUCAUCCCGUGGCUGAGCUGGGCGGACCCGCAGGGCAUCAACGUGCGCCUCCGCGCCGCGCGCAACGCCCUCGACGAGUUCAUCGACAAGAUCAUCGACGAGCACAUGGAGAGGGGCAAGAAUCCCGAUGAUGCCGAUGCCGACAUGGUGGACGACAUGCUCGCGUUCCUCCCGGAGGCGAAGCCGAAGAAGGGCGCCGCCGGCGACGGCGUGGACGACCUGCAGAACACGCUCCGCCUCACCCGCGACAACAUCAAGGCCAUUAUCAUGGACGUGAUGUUUGGCGGGACGGAGACGGUGGCGUCGGCGAUCGAGUGGGCGAUGGCGGAGAUGAUGCACAGCCCCGACGACCUCCGCCGCCUGCAGCAGGAGCUCGUCGACGUGGUGGGGCUCGACCGGAACGUGGACGAGUCGGACCUCGACAAGCUCCCCUUCCUCAAGUGCGUCAUCAAGGAGACGCUCCGGCUGCACCCGCCCAUCCCGCUGCUCCUCCACGAGACCGCCGAGGACUGCGUCGUCGGCGGCUACUCCGUGCCCCGGGGCUCCCGCGUCAUGAUCAACGUCUACGCCAUCGGCCGCGACCGCAGGGCGUGGAAGGACGCCGACGUGUUCCGGCCGUCGCGGUUCGUGCAGGGGGAAGGGGAGGCCGCCGGGCUCGACUUCAAGGGGGGAUGCUUCGAGUUCCUGCCCUUCGGGUCAGGCCGCCGCUCCUGCCCUGGCAUGGCGCUCGGCCUGUACGCGCUGGAGCUCGCCGUGGCGCAGCUCGCGCACGGUUUCAGCUGGGAGCUGCCCGACGGGAUGAAGCCGUCGGAGCUGGACAUGAGCGACGUCUUCGGCCUCACCGCCCCGCGCGCCACCAGGCUCUUCGCCGUGCCCACGCCCCGCCUCGCAUGCACCCAGCUGCUGGGAGCUGACGACGCCGGGCGCCAGGCGUGACGGCCAUUGCUGUGUUAGCAAGCGAUCGAUGGUAUAUGUACCAGCUGGCCGGAAGAUGAAGGUGUUUGAUAUAUUCAGAGGUGAUGGCGGAGGCGCCAUUGGUGGAGCUUGGUGGUUUUAUCUUGCUUUUUUUUUACUAUUUUUCUUAUACUUUGAACUCAAUUAAGUCUGGUGACAACAGAACACAAUAAGCGGAUUAUCAUGCUUGCUGGAUGCAUGCUUGGAUACAGUGUUAAGCAUGAUGUGUUCUACCAUGAAGAACGCAAAUUGUAAAAACAAGUUUUUAGACCUGCUGCACCGAGAUUCUGUAUUUUCUUCC